AUGAGGGUUUUACUACUAGCAUAUCUCGCUACCUUCAUCAAGAGCGAAGAAAGUUUUGAAGAAAAACUAAAGAAAGGGAAUCAGUUACUCAAAAGCGAACCAAAUGCUGAUGAUACGAUGGAAUUUCUUAAGAAAUUGCACAGCAUGGAAAAAGAAAUCAAAGACGAACUCACUGUAUCUACAAAGCCGAAUGGUGAUGUGUUGAAAGCUAUGAAG